AUCAGUUGUUUCGAAAUGGAGUUGGACGCGGCUGUGGCGGAGACGCAGAAAACGCUGGGCGCCAUCAUUCAGAAGCCUAAGCUCACAGAAAACUUGUUGAAGAAGCCUCCUUUUCGCUUCUUGCAUGAUAUCGUUACUGAAGUUAAAAGAGUCACCGGAUUUCCUUCAUCCGAUGUACUGACAGAUUUCGACCUUGACUCUGGGAACUUUAAGGACAAAGAGUCGAAGGUCGCUUGGCUCAACAAGGUCAUCGGAGCCGUCUCUGAUGCAGUGGGGCCCGUCACUGUCCGACCACUAAAGAUCGUUGCUGGGCUGGAGCCGGAGAACACGAAUGCCUUGCUACAGGCUCUCGCAGUGGCAGCGAGUGGUGGGGGUGGGAAGCCAGCGGCGGAAGAAAAGAAGGCUCCUCCUCCACAGGAAAAGCCUCCUCCCCCCAGCGAAGCUCCCAAGCAAGAGAGGCCAAAGCAGAAGCCUGUAGAAGAACCUCCUGCUCCAUCUGCGGACGAACACUCUGCUCCUGCUUCCGAUGAACAGCAACAGAGAAAGCCGCGCUCGCGGAAAGCGCAGGAAGCCAGCGAGCCCGAGCUGGCAACAUCCACACGCCCAUCCAAAGCGAAGGAGGCUAAGGAACCCGAGCCUGCUCCAGCCGCAGCAGCACCUGCGAGCCAAGACGAAGAUCUCGGCUCGUCAAGAAGGCUCGAGCGUCCCAGGACCGCACUCCGUGCACCACCAAAGGUCCAGACCAAUGUGACUGUCAAGGACACAAGACCGGACUCGAAACAACAGAACAGACAGGCGGCUAAAGUGAUUGCUGAGGGAGACGCGAACGAUGACGAUGACGAUGACGGCUUUCUUGGAUCGGCGGGGGGGAUGGCUCCUGCUAGCACAGCCUCGAAUCAGUUGAGCGGGAAACAUGCUGACGAGCAUGGAAUGCUUGUACGAAACAUGCUGGCAGUCGAGGCGGAUAUUGCAGGAGAUUCUGCUGUGAAGAGCGAGAGCGUCUCCAUUGCAGAGCAUGAGAAGCUGAAUGACAAGAAACGCACACAGGAGGAGAUGAACAAGUUAAGGGAGGCGAUCCAAGCCCUCUGUCAGAGUACGAAUCCCCUUGCACGUUCCAUGGAUUAUCUACAGGAGGACCUGGACAACAUGACCAAGGAAAUGGAAUUCUGGAUGAAGGACAAAGAAAAGCAGACCAUCCUGCUGGAUGAAGAGGAGAAGAAGAGCGAAGUUGAGCUUGAAAAGCUAUAUUCACAACUACAGAGCAUAGAAGAGUCGAUCCAAGAGGAGACGCUGAGAAUAACAGACAUGAAAGCUCAGGUGAUGAGGAACGAUAUGACGAUCAAGAACAUGCUCGUCUCCGUUGUCCGGCCUUCGAGAUGAUUGCUCACAAGCCGCUGACCUUCCCCUGUAUGUCAAAUCAGUAAAAGUCUCAUCAUGGU